UCUACCAGAAGAAGAAAAUGCACCCGCCUACUAAAUGUCUGAACUCCUGCUCACUUCCUCGGUGUCGUUUAAAAUAAGUGACACAAUACGUUUCAUAAUGAUUCUGAACUUUUCUUGCUGACCGCCUGUAGCACGACCGAAUAACCGUAAAGUCGGUUUGAGAGAAGAAAGGAAACAGUUUCACAUCCGACACAAUGGCGACAUCCGAGAAAGCUGUAACUGCAUCAUUCAUGGAGCCUUUCAAAGACAUUCUGGUGAAUUAUUUAAUGCCAGAAAAAUGUUACGACGAAUUCUUCCUGAAUUUUAAUUUUCUGCAUGUGGACUGUCUGAAGAUAAUAAUUAGCAAAGGUUUAGGCAUUGGAAUCAUCCUUGGCUCUGUACUUGUGAAAUUGCCUCAGAUCUUGAAAGUGAUUGGUGCUAAAAGUGCAGAAGGAUUGAGUUUUAAAUCUAUGAUGCUGGAGCUUCUGGCCAUCACAGGCACUAUGGUCUACAGUAUCGCCAAAGGCUUUCCAUUCAGUGCCUGGGGUGAAGCAUUGUUUCUCAUGUUGCAGUCAGUGACACUUGCAUUUCUUAUCCAGCAUUAUAAAGGAAGCACAGUUAAAGGAUUGGCCUUUCUCGUCAUCUAUUUUGGCUUGUUGGCUGUCCUUAUUUCUCCUAUCACCCCCAUGUCUGUUGUAACCAUCAUGCAAGCCUCCAACGUGCCAGCUAUAAUUUUUGGAAGGCUCAUUCAGGCGAGUAUCAACUAUAGUAACGGUCACACAGGACAGCUGUCAGCUAUUUCUGUGUUUCUGCUGUUUGCUGGUUCCCUGGCACGUAUAUUCACUACAGUGCAGGAGACGGGUGACUCGCUGAUGAUUCUUUCUUACAUCAUUUCAUCAAGCUGUAAUGGCCUGAUCGCUGCUCAAAUACUGUACUACUGGAAUGUCAGUCCAGCAGUGAAGAAGAAGGCUGAGUAAACCUGCCACAAGACAGUGAGGAGCUGAGGCUUCUAAUGCUCUGCGAAACUUGCUGCUUUGCUUGUAUGAAAUCUACUUGUACAUUAGGAAUGAAAUCAUUUUAAGUGAUUUUAAAUGUUGAUCUCUUUUUGAGAUCAGUUGUUUAAAGCAGCAGGUUUCACAGUGUUGGGACACAGUGUUGGUAGACUCUUUAAGCAAAUAGUAAGUGGAGACAUGCUGUAGUGGCCUAAACUGAAGGACCAAAAAAAGAGAAUUUUAACGGGGACCCCUUAUCUCAAUGAUUGAUGAUAUUAUCAUUCACUGUAUAUGAUCAUAGGCUUCCCUGAUUUCCUUUAUAAAUUUCCUUAGCUCUGGGAACGGAGAAAUGGUUAUAUUAGAAACCUGUUCACCAUGGGAUUUCCUUUUACUGUUUGUUGGGUUCUUUGUUUAUAUUCCUUGUUAUUGAUGUCUCUUGAUUCUUUUUGCUGCUAAGGUAAAAUAUCACAAAUGAAAACAAUGGCCAGAAUAAAUGUGACUGAUUUUUCUCACAACUUGUUGAAGAUGGGGUUAAUGGAAAUGUUUUACUAAGUAUGUAAGUGUUACCCCAAUGUUUUCUUAUCUAAUACAGAAAUGUUUGUGGGUUUGUUUGUUUUUUCCUUUUGUGAUACAGAUAAUUUUCUCAGAUUUUUUAAAAAGUGAUUUGCAGAAUGGAAGAUAAUUCUUCAGUUUAAUGAUAACCAACAGUCAAAAAAUCAGCACUGAAUUGUUAAUGGAUUGCACUUUGUCCUAAAAUGCCAAUAUUUCUGUAUUGAAGUAAGAACAAAGUUGUGAGUUGGAAAAAUUGAUUGAUAGAUUGAAAUUGUGUUAGUUUGUCUGAUAAAAUGUUUAAACACUUUGUUUUUCAGUUGAUACUUCUCAAUUUAUUUAGUUAAAUACUGGAUACAAUCAGUUCUACAAUCAGUCCAUAGAUCCUAUUUCAUUUUUAUUUUUCUCCCAAUUCAGUGGAUCCACCACUAUAUACUGUGGAUUCAUUUUUUGAAAUAAAAUGUGAUUAACCCGAAA